GCUUCUCUGUCAGUCGAAGCGAGGCGUGUGGAAUAAACUCAGUCUCCUUGCAGGUGGAACUGGGUUAAGGUCACUCAAAUCAGUGUUUUCGUUCUGUUAGGAAGGAGACUGUGGUGAAGUGGACUGAAAAACAAGCAUGGUAUUCCUGACGCUGUCUAAUUGGAUCAGAAGCCGUGGACCCGACAGAUACUGGAAAGUUCAAGAAGUUCUGAAACAUGCUCGGCACUUCAGAGGCAGGCGGAACCGCUGCUACAGUCUGGCUGUGCGGGCGGUCAGGAGGGCUUUCGUCUACGCCACCAAAGCCCGGAGGGUGAAGAAACGUAACAUGAGGACGCUCUGGAUCACACGUAUUGCAGCUGCAUCACGAGAGCAUGGCAUGAAGUAUCCUGCCCUUAUGCACAACCUUACAAAGAGCAGCGUUCAGUUGAACCGACGUGUUAUCAGUGAUCUGGCCAUCACAGAACCUCGGUCAUUCCUCUCACUUGCUACGCUGGCACAGGCUCGGAAACAAGAAGGCUUCCGGGCAGCGCUGGGUGACGGCAAAGAGCCUCCUGGUGUCUUCUCCCGUGUUGUUUUACUACAAUAAAGGACUUGCGACAGUUGUGGAUUUCCAGUUGAUGUGUGGUUUAAAGAGCAGCGCCCUUGGAUUGUUGAGAUGAUCGUGAAAGAGUCGACCAGACGCACACUCACCACUUUGCUCUACAGUCGUAUUUUUCAUAUAAUCAUAUAUGGCUAAUUUAGUUUUUUUUUUUUUUCUCUUCAUCAGUGUGCUUGGGUUGCCCCAUGCUUAAUGACUCGCAUAAAUCACCCACAUUGAGACCAGGGUCCGACCACUAAAUGUAACGUGGGUUGCUUUGUGUUCGUGGUGAGGAGUUCACUGGCUGACCAGAGGGUCAACAUUUUUGUGAUGCACUGCCUGAUCUGUGUCUCUUGCCUGCAUGUCACACACUGGUCAGCUCUACGCUGGUCUUACGUGUAAAAGAGAAAGUUUUCCUUGUCACUAAUCCCUUGUCCUUCAAAAUGAAAAAGUUGCCAAGAGAGCGACGUCCCUGAAGUAGAAAGGGGUGUAAUAUCUCUCUCAAGGACACUUUAGCAGGACAGAUGAUUACUGUUGAAGUGCCUUGGUCCCUGGCCUUGGAGGACAGUUUCUUUACUCAUUACGUUCCCCUGCACCCAUGCUGUGAUUUUGCUGUUCAAACUCAGUUUUCACUCAAAUUUAUAUGAAUUUUCCAACUCUAUUAAAGCCCUUAUUAUUUAUUGUGGCCUGUGUGACAGUGCUGACACUCUGUAAUACUGUCGUCACUUCUGCACUCUUAAAUCAUCACCGGAGCAUCAUCAUAAUCCAAGCUCGCAGCUGACGUUAAAUAACAUAGUAACAGACAGACCUGCUCCUGCUACAUUCACUGACUUCAGUCCAACAUAUCUAUCAUGUGUGCCAGAGGUUUCCUGCUGCAGCGUUGCCUAUAAAACUGCUGCUCCGCAUCUCUCCUAAUUACCUCCAGUACCAUGAUAGAGGAUGUGAUUAUUUCCAUAACUCUCCCUGUGUAUAUCUGACAACCUUUGUUAAGUUAUGACUUGAUGCUGUUUGAUUGUGAGUUGGGGUUGGGAAGAAAAGGAUGACCUCAAAUUUUUUCAUGUGAUGACUUUAUUUUAUAUGUAUUUUACCCUUUGUUGUGGUAAGAUUGUCCUCAUAAUGUUUAGUUCAUUAAACAUUUUGAUAUAUA